UCAAAUGCUGCCCCCAUUGCCUUAUAAAAACCCAGCUACACUAACACUGCCUUCAUCACUAUCACUUGGACCUGAUAUCUUUUCUCACAAUCGUUGCAGAGGACUUGUAUGCACUUUAGACGUGGAAGAAGAAUCGCGAGACUUUUCGGUGUGUCGGAGAGAGUAUAUAGAAAUCAUCGACAAUCAUGAAUCAGUACGGAAGAGAACAGCAAGAUACUGGCCUCGUCGGCUCUGGUACAGGACAUCGCGAUGAAUACGGCAAUCCCAGGCAAGAGGGUAUAAUGGACAAGGUGAAAAAUGCCGUAGGCAUGGGCCCCAGUUCAGGAACCGGCUACAACAAUCAGCCUGGUUAUGACAAUUACGGUAACCCAAGGCAAGAAGGAUUAGUAGACAAGGCGAAGGACGCCGUGGGCAUGGGUCCGAGUUUAGGAACUGGCUACAAUAACCAGCCUGGUUAUGACAGUUACGGGAAUCGUGAGGGCAUUGUGGACAGGGCGAAAGAUGCGGUAGGGAUGGGUCCGAAUUCAGGAACUGGCUACAACAACCAGCCUGGAUACGACAAUUACGGUGACCGAAGGCAUGAAGGAUUGGCAGACAGAGCGAAGGAUGCUGUAGGUAUGGGGCCUAACUCAGGUUACAACCACCAGCCUGGAUAUGACAACUACGGCAAUCGUGAGGGCGUUGUGGACAAGGCGAAGGAUGCGGUAGGCAUGGGUCCGAAUUCAGGAACUGGCUACAACAACCAGCCUGGUUAUGACAGUUAUGGUACCCGGAGACAGGAAGGAUUGGUAGAUAGAGCAAAGGAUGCCGUCGGCAUGGGCCCCAAUUCGGGCACCGGCUAUAACAAUCAGCCCGGAUAUGACAACUACGGUAACCCAAGACGCGAAGGAGUGGUAGACAGGGCGAAGGAUGCUGUAGGUAUGGGGCCUAACUCAGGUUACAACAAUCAGCCCGGAUAUGACAACUACGGCAAUCGUGAGGGCAUUGUGGACAAAGCCAAGGAUGCAGUCGGUGUUGGCCCCCACUCGGGUACUGGCUACCACAACCAGCCCAGCUACGACAACUAUGGCAACCCUAGGCAAGAGGGAAUCGUGGAUAGAGCGAAAGACGCUGUGGGGAUGGGACCAAACUCUGGAACUGGCUACAACAACCAGUCUGAUUAUGACAGUUAUGGCAACCCAAGGCACGAAGGCAUGCUUGACAAGGCGAAGGAUGACUUUGAUAUGGGCCCCAAUUCCGGCACUGGCUAUAACAACCGGCCCGGCUAUGACACCUAUGGGGACCGAAGGCACGAGGGAAUUGGUGACAAGGUGAGGGACGCAAUCGGUACUGGCCCAAACUCCGGAUAUGACAGCCGCACACCCACCGGAACCGACGCUUACGUGCAUGGCAACCAUCCCCCUGGUAUGCAAGACAGAAUCACUGGCGUGAACGAGCCCUCGAUCUUAGGUGGACGUGAGAAUGUAGACCGCCAUGGUUUUGGACACGAUGGUCGCCAACAUCACGGUCUGCUAGAUAAUGUUACUCUUCAAAGUGGCCAUAUUCCUGAGACUAUGGUAGGCGGGCGCCGUGUUGAACCUGGAUAUGAUAUGACCAAGAGUGCUGGACAUCAUCUUACUGAUCUUGGCCAUCACGGUAACGAUAGCGGUGUCACUGGAUUGGGCCAUCACGACACUGAUUACGAUGAGAGGAGGGGAAAAGGAUUUGAAGACCCGAUUGAUAACAAAACCGGACUUGGAUCAGACUACGAUACGACCGAGACCGGAUCUGGUUAUGGUGCCACCGAUACUGGUGCUGCACCUCACAAGAAGGGAAUCAUAACUAAGAUCAAGGAGAAGCUGCACCACUAGAGAAGGAAGCGUAGUAAUCUAUCAUGUAAAUGGAGAUUUGGUUUCUUGCAGAAACACCUGGUGUAAUUUUUGUUUCAUGAAAUGUGAAUAUUUGAGUUUUUGUUAAUAAUCACUGUGCUGUUUCAGUGAUUGUUCAAAACAACUACGAUAUUUAAAUCAUUGAGUAACUGACCGAAAUUAAAUUGGUGAUAAA